AGCGAAAUUAUCUUUAGAUGGCGCCACAAUGCUAAAGAUUUAUGUCAUGUAUAUAUGGGCAUUUCAAAGUAACAGUUAAUUAAUAAUAUUUGUUAUUAUUAUAUGCUUAUAAAACAAAUAGAUUAAUUGUGUAAUAAAAGUUGAUGUAUUAUUCGCUGUAUUUGUAUUUUUUUUAUUGAAAAAAUGUCUGAUGGUUCAGUUUCAAUUUAUUUGAUUUACAGAAGAAGUGAUACGCCGAAGAUUACUUAUAGAUGGAGAUGGUAUUGGAGAUGAUCGUCGAAUUAAUAUGCUUUUAAAAUCAUUCAUAAAAUGGGCAAAUAGUCCAGAUGCAGAUAAUACUUUACACGAAAGAAUGUUAUCUCAACUUGCUCAAUGUGAAUUUGCACAACGAAAAUCUAGAUUAGUCUCAAAUAUGAGUCAAGAAGAAUUGAAAAGUUAUGAACAGUUAUCGAAAGAAAUUGAGAUUCAAAUAGAAGAGGCUAAAAAAGAUAUUGAGAGAACAAAAGUAGAAUUACAAGAUGCAAAACGUGUUAGGAAAAAUAGAAUUGAAUAUGAUGUAUUGGCAAAAGUCAUAAAUGAGCAGCCAGAUAGAGUAGAAACUAAUCUAAAACUUGCUACAUUACGUGAAGAAUUAGGAAAGUUAAAAGAGAAAUCAGAACAACUAGAACACAAAUUGGAAAUGAGACGAAAACAAUUUCAUGUUUUAAUAUCUUCUAUACAUUCUUUGCAAGGAAUGUUAGAUGAAUGUGAUGAAGAAAUAAUGGAUGUAAGUUUAGAAAAUUAUGAAGAUGCAGAUACAUCUUCAAAGACUGAAGAUCUUAAAUAAAAUUAUUUUAUAAAAAAA